CACCAAAAAAAAAUACUAACCCCUCCAUUUUUUGCAUUUUCGCCUAGGCUUUGUCGGGUGUGCAGGGUGGAGGUGAAAUGCGGUGGUGGUGGUUGUGCUGGUUCUGGUGGUGCUGCUGGCUUUGGUGCUGGUGGUGGGUGAGCGAUAGAGUACGGCAAAGUAUUAUCUCGAGCUUAGGUGGACAGCGGAGGCAGGCGGAGGUACAGUCGAGAUCGAGGUGGAGGCGUCGUGUUGUGGUUUGCCGGCCGCUGUGGGUGGUGCUGGUGGUGCUGGUGCUGGGCUGCCUGCUCUCCUCCACCGAAAGUCGUCGUUGCCGCCCUCGAGAAUAAUCCGAGCUUUUCCCUCAACAACUCCCCUCCAUCAACUACCACCCUCAACCUCAUCCGACCCACCUCAACCACAACCCCCCCAAUUCCAUCAAUUCCAUCUCCUCCAUCUUCCUCU